GCGAGAAUAAGUGAGCCAAAUCGUCGCAGAUGAAGUCCUGACAAAAAAAUGGCUUGCAGAUGAAGAGGCCCUCCUGAUAAUUUUCGUUCGGAAUGUCGGCGUAGAGCUGUAGUGGAGUUUCAAACUACUUGUCUAAAAGGACAAAACGAUGAAGAAAAACUUCACAAGUAGCAUUCCCAGUGGGCUGGGACCUCCCGGUGGAUCCUCCUUGAGCGGAAUGCCUGGAGGCCUCGCGGGAAGCCUUGCAAAGCGUACUGCUCGACAAUCUUGUGUUGUAGCACUUGCGAAGUAGUCCGUUGAUCAUUCACAAAGUCAAAUACGUCACUACAUUUUUCUUUCACAUUGAUAUGAAUCUGCAAUCGGCUUUGUUUAUGUUUAUUUCAAUCUGAAGAAAAUACGAAUCUUGCCACAACAGCUACUCCCAGCGGAUCCGCCUCGUCUUCAUCAACUUCCGGCCCAACUUCCUACACCAGCGGCCUCACCGGACUUCGCCCCGCGGCUUCAAGUUCUGCAUCUGUUCCUAGCGUAAGUGGGAUCACAACUGGGUACAGACCCGGCGGCAUUACGGCAACAGCUUCUUCAGUUGGUAAUUAUGCUUCCUCAGCGACUGGAGGUAGCACGUCCUUCACAGCAGGGGGCUAUGGGAGCGCAGGAACAUCGUCAUCUUCGUCCUCAUCGAUUUACAAACCAGCAACCGGUUCGUCGUACACACCUGGCGCAAUCACAGCGUCCACCUACGCGGCACCGCCGCCACCGUCGGCAUACACGGCGGCAGCCGCACCGGCACCGCCAGCUGCUGCCGGCAGUUCCUCUUUGGAUGCAAUUCCAGAGGAGAUAAUACCAGGAGGCACUGCUUCGGCCUCCUCCACGCCCGCACCUUCCGUUUACCGGCCACCGAGCAUGUCAGCGGGAGCUACGGCGAGUGUGACGACAAGCUCCUACACGUACGCCGGAUCUACCGCCACAAACCCCUAUGCAGGUAGCAGCAGCAGCGUCACGGCGCCGAGCUACUUACCACCAGGGAAAAUGAACAACUAUGGAGGGAGCGUCGGUAUUGCAAAAGCUACACCAGUUGUGGGCUCGGCGCCUGCGUCGUCAUCCACCAGUGCUAUAAUGGUGGCUCCGCCGGGAAGUGGAUUAGCGAGUGUCCCUUCGUCCGGCGUUGUCGCCGGUGGCGCGAGCGCAGUUGCAUCUUCUUCAUCAGCCAUGACCCUGCAGCCGGUGUCUUCGUCCGUCAGCGUUGGUGGAGUCGUCACAGCAGCGGCAGCUGUGCCAGACAAGCCUGGUGAUGACGUGAAGGAUCGAGGGAAGCUGCUGGAUUUCAAAGUCAGGACACCGGCACAAAAGGGCCUGCAGCCCGGGAAACUCAAGGUAUCAGGGCUGGAUAUUUUAUGUCAGUUUUGUGCUGCGCCACGAACCUCAUGCUUCUCUCUGAAAAAUGACAAGAAAAGAGUCUGGCGCAAUUUUCAAAUCAAAAACGCACUGCACAGCAAUACAUCGAAGCGCCGCUAUCGGACACGAUGAGCUGGCCUCCUCAGAGCGCAGAGGUGAAGAAGGAUCUCCGCAAAUACUUGCUGAAAAAGAAGAUCUCAAACAAGUAUAACGUGCUUUGGUGGUAGUUUGUUCUCUAUCCCUUGCAAAAUGCCAUGCGCAUUCGUUCCUCUUCCUUUGUCAUGCUGUUUCCGAACCACAUUUCAGCUUUUUUUUGAUUUGCAGCAAAUAAACCGAAUCAGGUCCCUCGUCACCUACGACGUCGCUGUCACCGGGAAUGCCCGCGUCGAGGGCACCUAUCACUACAAGGAGAAGGUAAUUCCCGCGACCGACCCCAAGAAGAAGCCGCAGCACAAAAGAUGGUACCAGCACGCGACACGAAAGGUGAUGCUAAGCUACGACGCAAGUACGAAAAAGUGGACUUUCUCCGAGCGACGAGUUCUGUUGGACGGAGACGCAAGUGCGCCCGCAUCGCCCGACAUGAUCGUGGAUCAAACCACCAUGCUUUCCGCUUCACCGUCGCCACGAGGGGGGCCAUCUGGAACCAAUUCGGCAGGCCAACAGCGGAAAAAGGUGAAAUAUGGACCGCUGCAGGUGAUGUGCUCGACAAGUGCGGCGGAGGAGCGCGCGGAAUUCAUUUCCGACACUGCGCAGUGGUUUGACGAUUAUGGAAAUCUGAUAGAACCGCAAAUCGUAAUCACGCCAAAGGCGAAGGAGAUGAAGACAGGUACGAGGGGCUGCAACGCUUGCUCACGUAUGACAUCGAAAUAAAACGAAAGUAAUUUCAUCUAGCAUGCACUAGAUGCGCUUGCGCACAUAAAUUAAAACACUUCCCAACUCCUACAUUGAAUUUUAUCUACCCAGGUACCGGUACCGCCUCCACGGGGAAGCUUUCCUCCCCCGGUGACGCGAGGAGCAAAUCUCGCCCGGCGUCUGCGAAACCCGCGUCCACCAACGCGACCAGCAGGCAGCGCAGCUUGUCCGCGAGUAAAUUUAAGAAAAUCAAUGACAAGGACCUGUCCCCCUCUGCGAGACUUCGAAACAGCAAAGAAUUGAUCGCAGCCGACCUCGAUAGCAUCCCGAUGCUGUCCACCAAGAAAAAACGACCGCAAAGCGCUGGCGGAAGUGGGAAGGGGUCGAUGAAAUCAAGAUCGAGUGAAGCGGCUGCCUCGACGGAGUUCCUCACGGAUCUGGAGAAGCGCAUGCGAAAAUUGAAUCUGUCGAAAUCGGCGCAAUCAAGGGUGGAUAAGGUGAAGAAGAACCUGCUAGACGACUGCGCGAAGUUCGUUGCGAAGAUCUUGGAAGCCCAAGCGUUGCAGGAGAAGGACGCGGCAACAGGUGGAGAGCAAGGAAGUAAAGCUAAAAAAACUUCGAAGAACAGCGAUACCGCAGCGUCAAAGCAAAAGUCCCAACUGUCCUCGGCCCGGUCCGAGGCCGACGCAGCGAAGGCCGGCACGGGGGGCACUGCGAAAAACAAGUCGAGCAGCGAGGACGAAGACCCUUUCGCGCUGGCGUUUGGGAAGUUCGGAGAACAGAAAUCAAGCGAGCAGACCGGAAACGCGCAAGUGUUUUUGCCACCACCGCUGGAUCUAGCCGGCGGAAAAGUAGUUGUAGCGAAAACUGCAGGUGGAGAGCAGGAUGGUACUGCAACGGGGGAGAGGAAGGGAGAUGAGGAGCCGGCCACAGCGAGGGAGAAGCGAAAAGACCAGAUGUACGAGCAGCACUACCUGAAGGCAGAAAAGCAUGAGAUGAAGCAAGGUACUAUUCUAGCUACAAUCUCUUGAAAGCAUGCUAUGAUUUUGGUAGGCACAGCAGCAGGAGCGGCACACCGUCCCCAGCUGCCGUCUCUCCACUUCCGUCUUGCCGACAAAGACGAGAGGUAACGAACUCGACCAUUCAUCAUCAUGAUCUAAAACAGAGUACACCCUCGCCGUCCGCGAAUACAAAGAGGCGCUGCGCAUCAAGCCGCAAGAUGCGAACGCGCAGAACCGGCUGAACUUCGUCGAGAGGGCGUUCUUGAAGGAAAAGCCUGUAAAAGGGAUGCUGAGAUUCGUCAGCCACUACAACCUCUCAUUAAGGUAUUGGGACAAGGGGAAAGCGACACUGGCGAUCAAGGAAUGCGAAAACGCGAUAACGAUUCUCAGUACUGAUUCAUCUUUUCAGUCGUGUUGUUCGUACUCUCUCAUUCAAUUCGCGUGUUUUGCUGCAGUCUCUCGUCCCAUUUGAAAGCAAAUAAUUUGACGACAUGGAACAACAAAUAUGCACUGAACAGAAAACUUCGGGCUCCCCAUGACGGGCCUAAUCGACGUGCUGGACAAGAUGCAGGUCGUGCACGAGGGCGCUAAAUUCCGCGAGCAAAAACUUGAGGAUCAGCUGGCCUUCCCCCGAAACGAGGCCAAAAAACCGGAACUGCACUACCGCCUCGGCGUGCUCUACUUCGACAAGCGCAUGUUUGACGUGGCGCGCAAGGAGAUGCAGAAGGCGGAAACUUCCAUGAAGCAACGGGGGUACUUGACUUUGCACCAAAAAGCUUCGCCGGAGACCUGCAUGAGGGUCCGGGAGCAGCUCGAGGGGAUCCGGGACGACCUGGACGUGUUAGCCGUGAAGCAAAGAAGAUUCUGCCUGGAAGCUCCCGGCUCCAUGUCCAUCGCAACGUCGGCGUUUGGCUCGAAAGAAACCGCGAUCAGUUCUUCGUCGGCGGAGUUGGGCGAGAUGGAGUAUUUGUUCCAAUCGCAGCAACAGAUCGCCUCCGGCGUUCCGCCGAUGCGGGACUCCCUGUCCGGCCCGCAGAUGCUAUGGCGUUCUCAAACGUUACAUUCUCAACUGUUACGUGAACUUGUAAUGCAAGAACGGCAAAGAUGAAAGAGCAAAGCUUGCGCCUUUUGCAUUACAAGUUCCGCACAGAUUUAGGUGCUGUCUAGCCCCUCGCAGAUUUGUCAUGCGAAGCAGCUUGACCAUCUGGCAGCUUAAGGUAGUUUUGCAUGACAAAUCCAUGUAACAGUUGAGAAUGUAACGUUUGAGAAUCCCAUAGAUGCUGCCCGACUUUUGUGCGAGGUUCCAGGGCGACAUUUUCGGGGACGACGAGGUGUACCCGGUGCCGCCAGCGCCGUGGGUCAGGGAACUCCUCGGGCGGAGUGAUUUGGAUUGGCAAUUUUGAGGAAACAUCAUAUCCGAAUCCGGUAGGUCAGCUUUACUAGUAAAUGCAAGCACUAGAAAUCUUCAAAACGUGAGCGUGUGAUGUUUUUCCACGAGUAAGUAGAAGGGUCAUCAAAACAUUGGAACGAAUAGAAGAAUAAAUUGGGUCAUCAAACAGAAAAAGGUGAGUAAACGCGUUCCCACCUUAACGCAUUAAUACAAACAAACAAACAAUUACGCGCACACAGCUCGACAACUCUUUAUCGUAGCGCGAGAACUACUACACUAAGGUGAGCUAUUGCAGUGCUUGACCGAAAAGCAGUAAACCGCUUUGCCUGAGGGCUAGCGUCUAGUUUCAUCAAAAAAAACCGGUGGAGAUGAACCGAAGAAAGCCUCCAACAUCUACACCGUUCGCGCCUUUUAUUGUAUGCGUUUUUUUCAACGAGGAGGAGGAACCUCUGUCAAGUCAUUCGCUACAUAAAAAAAAUACGCUUGUUUUUAUUAACAUUUUAAUUUCAGAAUAGAGCUUGACGAACUUCGAUAAUAUCGGAAAUCUCGAUUUCACUGUAUCAAGAUUGCGCAUUCGCAACAAUUCGCGGACUCAAUGUGAGAAGCAACUACAGCAGAAGAAGCACAGCCACAAUUACUUUCCGACGAUGGCGAGUAAGAAACCUCUGACGAUUUCAACCGCCAGGCGACUUGCUGCAG